AGGACACCCAGACUAAAACUGUGACAUGAAGCCUCUAAAAUAUAAUGUCCUCUACAGAGGUCAGAAGUCCCAGGAGACAUUUCUUUCCUUUCACCACAGACCCAGGGUUGUCAUCCGUUACAAUACUGCUUCUCUCGACUGUAGUGAAACAAAGCAAGCGAAAAGUGACUGAUUAAACAUGACCUUCAGCAGCACAUUCACAAACACUGGCUGAAAACGACAGCUUUCUACAUUGUUAGACGUGGCAAGGACGGGCGAAGGUCCUGUUACUGCUCGCAACAGACCUAAAGCAGUGAAGUGUCAACAUGAAACCUGAGAGGAGGAAGAGCAGCACUGCUCCGGGAGAGAAACCUGAGGAAUAUGACUAACAGGUUACACCGGCCUGGAAGGUUCAGAGUGUGUGUGUGUGUGUGUGACGUGUGCUAUGAUUAACGGUAAAAUAUACUAGCAUUGUGCUUACGAAGCAUUCCUGCGUCGUCUCACGAAGAGCUGUUAUACAGACCGAGUGUGUUAGGAAGAAGCUAAAAUCUGAAGAUACAAAGAUCACGCUUUUUCUCACAAAAGACUUCUCCCACGUCACUUCAGCUGAAGAAUGUUUCCUCUUCAGAUGAAAAAAUGAGCGAGAAAACAAAGGAAAGAGACGUUUGGGGGAACUCUUGUCGUCUUUGAGCAGAUGCUCGGAUUUCUGGAUUUCACCUCAAACUAAACUUCCAUCAUGGGCCUCUUUCCAUCCAUAUCCAAGAUCAUAAGGAAGGGGAAGUGUCUGUUUCUUCUGCUGUUGUGUCUGUGUGUUGUAGCAUGGAUAGCAACAUUCUCGAACGAUGACACGCUGAAGUCUGUCCAGAAGGGUUUGAAUCCUCCUGACGAGAGGUCUGUGAAGGGCUUUCCUCCGCUGGAGCUGGAAUCAGAGAUGAUACGGAGCAUAGAGGAGCAGUCGGUCAGAGAGAGCUGUCCAGAGCAGUCACCCCUGCUCCGAGGCUCUAUCAAGCUGUCAUUUGAUCCCUCGCUGACGAUAGGGCAGGUAGAGAGUGAGAACGGGGAGGUGGUGGAGGGUCAGUAUAAUCCCUCUGACUGUGUGGCCAGACAGAAAGUGGCCGUCCUUAUCCCUCACAGAAACCGAGAGAAGCACCUGCUCUACCUCCUCCACCACCUCCACCCGUUCUUACAGAGGCAGCAGCUUCACUACGCCAUCUACAUCAUUCACCAGGCAGGAGAAGCUACAUUUAACAGGGCAAAGUUAUUAAAUGUGGGCUACCUCGAGGCUCUGAAAGACCAGAACUGGGACUGUUUCAUCUUCCAUGAUGUGGAUCUAGUUCCUGAGAACGAUCAUAAUCUAUACAUGUGUGAGGAUCAGCCUAAGCACUUAGUAGUGGGGAGGAAUUCCACUGGGUACAAACUCAGAUACAAAGGUUACUUUGGGGGAGUUUCGGCCAUGACGAAGGAGCAGUUCCACAAGGUCAAUGGCUUCCCAAACUCCUACUGGGGCUGGGGUGGAGAGGACGAUGACCUGAGAAUAAGGUUGACGCUGCAGAAAAUGUCAAUAAUCCGUCCAUCCCUGGAAGUGGCGCGCUAUACCAUGGUCUUUCACAAGAGGGACAGCGGCAAUCAAAUCAAUAAAGACAGGAUGCAUCUGUUACGCCGCACUCAUCAGACGUGGAAGACUGAUGGCUUAAACUCCUGUUCCUACAAGAUUCUGUCCAUCCACAGAGCACCUCUCUUCAUCAACAUCACCACAGACAUUGGCCGGCCGGACAGUGCUCAUUGAGUUUUUGGAUACUGAAGAGAGAGAGACAGUUUACAUGGAAACACAGCAUUCACCAGUGCCUGUCAGAUCCAGUGCUAAGUGUUGCACUGUGGAUCUGUCCUACUUUACUCUUUAUGGCCCUGCAAGAUUUAAUGGCCAGAAUUCUGAACAAACACUACUUUUUAAGUAUUACAGUAAUCACGUAGAAUUAGUCAGGUAAGGGAAACCUUUCAGGGUUGUAUUUCCAUUCAUUACCUCUACGAAUAGGUUCGUAUAAUGUAUUCUGUGUGACUUGUGCUCAUUUAGGUCAUCUCAAAAUACGGCAUCUGGGAGUAAUGGAAAUCAAAGAUUGAUCAAUAGGUAUAUAUUAUGUACGUAGACUUAAAUAUUGAUAUUGACAUGAAUGUAUGUGGGCUUAGGAGGUGAACCCAAGUCUGCAUGUUCUUCAGUGAUGAUGAUUUCAGCUGAACGUGCUUAUAAUGUCUGUCUGGUGAAAAAUUAUAGAUAUUGUAGUGGUUUUUGGGUCCAAUGAUAUUGUUUAAUCAGUUCAGUUUUGUUUCAAUGAAAUGUAGCCGUAGAGGGGUUAAUUGUUUUACAUUUACGUCAUUGUUCAGACAGAAUGGCGGUUCAGCUCAUACAACUGGGUGGUGUUACCUUACUGAACUUAUGAUCAAAGGAAAAGAGACUUUUGUUUACUUGGGAUAAUAUCAUCUUAGGCGAAAUCUUCUCUGUUUUUAAAGAUCACAUGCUAUCACGAUGAUUAAAUGAUCCAUAAAACCUU